UGCCUUGUUCCGCUGUACUACAUUUAUUUAUAGUCUGGGAAGUUGUCAAAUCAGUGAGAUUAUCAUACCGCGCGCAUUUUCUCGAACCCGAUCCCACUGUGACUCUGAGUCUGUACUUUCUGACCUUCAGUUCAGCUGUGGCCACGCCCUUUGGGCUGGACUGUGCCUCGCUCGCGGCCCGCCCCCCACGGCCCCCCGCCAUGGCGUCACGGAUCGGCCUGCGCCUGCAGCUCAUGCGUGACCAGCUCCAGCAGGAGGAGCAGCGGGAGCGGCAACAGCAGCAGCAACAGGCACUGCACUGCAUGCAGCACCGCAUGCCUAUGCCAGCCACGCCUGCCAUCAAUGCACCUGCCCAGUUCCAGGCCCCCAUGCAGGUGCCCAUGGAGGUGCUCAUGGUUCAGACGCACCUGGAGAACCCCACCGAUUACCACAUCCGCCAGUCACAGCGGCAGCAGGUGAGGGAGUACCUGUCCACCACCUACGCCACCAAGCAGGCGGUACAAGCCAUUGCAGGGGUGCAGCCCUCUCCUCCACCGCCACCGGCUCACAGCCAGUUGGCUGCCCCGCCCCCCAUGCCCUCACCAUGUAUGCGGACUGAGCAGCUCAUCAACUCAGCGGGCAACAGCGCCCCCAAUAGCCCCAUGUCCAUGCUCAACAUUGGCUCCAGCCACGAGAAAGAGAUGGAUGAGGUUAUUGAUGACAUCAUCAGCCUGCAGUCCAGUUAUGAUGACAUACAGGCAUUCAUUGACCCCGUGGUCCAGAUGCCCAACACACUGCCGCUGUCCAGUAGCCACUUGGAUGUGUACACGGGUCCUGGGGUGGCUGGACCUACUAUAGCUAUGACCAGCAAUUCGUGCCCUGCAAAUCUUGCCAUCAAGAGGGAGCUGUCGGAUGCAGAAGCUCGUGCAAUGGCCAAGGAGAGACAGAAGAAAGACAACCACAACCUGAUUGAAAGAAGGCGAAGGUUCAACAUCAACGAUCGCAUCAAAGAACUGGGCACCAUGAUCCCCAAAACAAAUGACCUGGAUGUCCGCUGGAACAAGGGCACCAUCCUGAGGGCCUCGGUGGAGUACAUCAAGCGCAUGCAGAAGGACAUUCAGAGGACCCGUGAAGUGGAGAACAACUUCAAGCGCAUGGAGAUGGCCAACAAGCAGUUGUGGCUGCGCAUUCAGGAGCUGGAGAGGCAGGCGCAGCUUCACGGGCUCCCCUGCAGCUCACCUCUUAGCCUGGGCAGCGCUGAGCUCAUGGGACCCUUCGUCAAGCAGGAGGGCAGCCCUGAGGAGGUGACCCUGGGCAACGGGCUUCCGCAGCCAUCCUGCCAGCUGCCACCGUUGUCCCAUCAUGCGCCACCCCAGGCACCGUUGCAGUACCCCUCCGUGGGCAGUUCCCAGCAUUUUGACUUUACCCAGUCGCUGGACUUGUGCGACGGUGGACACUGCUACCCGGACCCCCUGGCCCAGGUGGCCGGUCCCGGGAAGAAGAGUGAGCUGGGCUUCCUGCUAAUGGAUGAGCUGUCACCUCUGGCUGGAGAUCCCUUGCUCUCCACGCUGUCCCCCGAGACCUCUGUGGACAGCAGCCGCCGCAGCAGCUUCAGCAUGGAGGACUCAGACAUACUGUGACCCUUGUGUAUUAGUGCGCUUGGCUUCUGUGUGCAUACACAUUUACACACAAAUAUAGGUUAGUGUAAAAUACCAAAAAUGUAUGUACAUUUUUACACUCAGACAUGCAAAGAGCAUAGAUUCCCACCUAAAGUGCUACAGCUUGCCUCCACGCACCGGCUCUCGCGAGCAUACGCUCUGACCUUGUGUGUGUAAAUCUUGCUAAGAAACACCGCAACAACGCAACCACGCGUGAAUUCCCCCGAAUUAUGACCUACUGUUUAUGGCACAAUCAGUUGAUUGCACUCAGCUAUGCGCAUACGUGCUGAUCGAGGAGCACGAAACACAGAUCACCCACUCUUGCAACCCUCCUCUGAAGAUCCACACAUGCCAGUGUAAAGAAAUCUGUGGCCUUAAAAUAAUUGCACACAGACACAUAGAGACACACAAACAGGUGUGAAGACGCGUUCCCGCCCUGUCGGUGUGACCAUGAAAUGCCUUCAAAACAACACAUGACCUGUACCUAUGAGGAUACCAGAUGCGGAGGAGCAACAUACACACUGACUGUUGAGCACUCUGUAUUCCCUUUUCCCUCUGUUGGCCUUCUCGUCUGAUGACUAAAUGUAUAACUUGCGCAAACACACGCCCGCUCGCACUCAUGUCUCCACCUGACACCGAGAUCAUUAUUACAGGGCUUCUCUUCUUGCAGGGAAAUAGUGGCAUCCCUCACUUGCAAUAGAAGUCUGCUUCGUUUGCAAGGCACAGAGAGUGUGUAACCUCGGUGACACUGUACCUGUACCCACCGUUCUCCAGCUUUCACCAGAACCACUCAGAGCCUUAAACAUUUUGUAUGCAAACUGUUACUGUGGAUUUAAAACAAAAAUAGAGAUGUGAGGGAACGUUAAGUUUAGAGUUUGUAUCUUUAAAAAAAAAAAACAAUGAAAUAGGCAGCUUUUCUUUGAUAUGAUGUACUAAUUGUAGGGAGGCCUCCAGAUGUACUGUACAGCAUCACUGAAAAGGCUUGUUGCCACCUGUCCUAUGGCAGGUAGGGGCUCAGCAGCCCUCCACACAGAGACAAACUACAAGUACAUAAGGGUUAAAUUGUCCUCUUUUGCAUUUUGGGACUGAUAGCAGACGCUGGGCAGAAGGGCAGGAAGUAGAGACAGCUCAGCAAGGGUGACAGCAGCUGUGGAAAAGAAAGAAAUCUGUGUGUGUAUGUCCAGGAAAAGGCACGGGCACUGUUCAGGGCUGAAAAGGUGUCCAAUUACUCUUACGAUCACACGUGCAGGUGUUCAUUGUCAUCCUCACUGCUCGACUUGCUUCUGGACACCAGCCAUAAUGAGUGGCCCUCACCAGCCAGCACAGAAGGUUUCCACAACAUUCCCCAAUGUUGCAAUCGUGUUGUUACCCAGGCAGGGCCCAGUGUCUCCAGAGUAGCUAUAACCGCACUAGUAUUUCCUACACGUCGCACUCUGGCUGUGUGUCUGCGCUCAGAAUGCGGGCUGAAGGCAGCGUACACCCUGCAAAGUGAACUGUGCAGCGAAACCAUGACAUAAUAAAAUGUAUUCCUUAGAGCACAUUCUUAUUUUGUUCCUCCCAAAGCACUGGAAACCUAUGUUGUAUUAAAAAGAUUUUAUGAAAGCGACAGUUUUAUGCAAAUACUUUACAAUAUUAAGCCACUUAAAUGUAUAUUAUUUGUAUUUUUGGUUUUUAUUCUAUUUUAAAGUGACCUUUUUCUAUCUGA